GAAAACGUCCUCUAGGGUGUCAGUCUGAAACAGCUCUCUUCUCUAUCCUUCAUCAGGCGGGUUCUUGGUUCUGUGUGGAAUAAUGAAGGGCGCCGGUCAUGUCAACGUUGCGAUGAUAGAAGACAUCGGAACAAACGGGGUCUCUAAUUCAGAAAUUAGCACAGAUUUGGACAGAAGCACACAGGCUUGUGGUUCCACUGUGAGCUUUCAUAACAUCCAGUAUAAGGUUCAUGUGAUGAGUGGAUGCUUUCAGAAAAAGAAACUAAGUCCAAAGGAAAUACUCGUAGACCUCAAUGGGAUUAUGAAACCUGGCUUAAAUGCCAUUCUUGGACCAACUGGAAGUGGAAAGUCUUCCUUUUUGGAUAUUCUGGCUGGAAGGAAGGAUCCUUUGGGUCUAUCAGGAGAGGUCCUUAUUGAUGGAGCACCGCAGCCUCCAAACUUCAAGUGUCUAUCUGGUUAUGUGGUCCAGGAAGAUGCAGUGAUGAGCACCUUAACUGUGAGGCAGAAUCUUAGUUUUUCUGCAGCACUAAGGCUUCCACCAUCUGUUCCACAAAGUGAAAAAGAAGAUCGGGUCAAUCAUCUUAUUAGGGAGCUGUGUCUCACCAAAGUGGCUGACAAUAAGGUGGGCUCCCAAAUGACUCGAGGAAUCUCAGGAGGGGAGAGAAAGAGAACCAACAUCGGUAUGGAGCUGAUUAUUGAUCCUGCGGUUCUGUUUCUGGAUGAACCGACCACAGGGCUCGAUGCCAGCACAGCCAACUCUGUCCUGCUGCUGCUGAAAAGGAUGGCCAGCCAAGGUCGAACCAUAAUCAUGUCCAUCCACCAGCCCCGCUACUCCAUCUACAGACUGUUUGACACUCUGACUCUAUUAGUUGGUGGGAAAAUGGUGUAUCACGGACCAGCCCCCAAUGCUUUGGACUACUUUGCCAACAUUGGCUAUCCAUGUGAGCCCCAUAACAACCCAGCUGACUUCUUUCUUGACGUCCUAAAUGGAGACUUCACUAAGCCAGCCAAGGUUCAUGACACAGCAGAUCUGACUUUUGAAGAACUUGGCACAACCAGGCAGAGCAUUGAGGAACACCUUGUAGUCGAGUACAAGAAGAGCAGCUACUCCAGCGAUACGGGAGCUGAAUUGAGGCGUAUUCUCCAAAAUAAGGAAUGUGUAUCAUCGCUUAGAUCUCGCAGCAUCACCUACAACAAUCCCUUCCUUCACCAACUUCGAUGGGUUUUUAAGAGAACCUUCCAAAACCUCAUGCUGACUCCACAAACAUCCGUGGCUCAGGUGGGAGUCAAUAUUUUCCUCGCUCUCAUCGUAGGAGCCAUCUUCUUUGCAGUCCAAGAUAAUCAGAGUGGUCUUCAAAACAGGAUGGGCGCCCUCUUCUUCAUCACCACCAACCAGUGUUUCAGCACUGUAUCUGCAGCCGAGCUCUUCAUCGGAGAGAGGAACCUGUUUGUGCAUGAGUACAUCAGUGGCUACUACAGGGUAUCCGUCUACUUCCUGUCAAAAAUCCUCUGUGACCUCAUCAUGCGCACUAUCACCUCUGUUGUCUUCAGCAUCAUUGUCUACUUUUUGAUCGGGUUGAAGUCCACAGCGGAGGCCUUUCUCAUCUUCACAUUCACAGUGACUCUGGUGGCCUACACCGCCACAGCCAUGACCAUGGCCAUCUCAGCUGACCAGAGCGUCGUGGGUCUGGCCAACAUCUUCAUGACCAUCACUUUUGUUUUCAUGAUGAUCUUCUCUGGCCUCCUGGUGAACCUUCCCAGCAUCGUGGACUGGCUGGCCUGGCUGAAGUACUUCAGUAUUCCUCGAUACGGCUUUGCAGCCCUGAAGAUCAACGAGUUUGUGGGUUUGAAGUUUUGUCAGGCGACCAAUACGUCUGCAGUGAUGGCCAACAGUGGCGUUAGCUCAGCGGGCCAGAUGUGUACAGGAGAACAGUACCUGGACUACCUGGGAAUAGAGUCCAGCUCCUGGGGACUGUGGGAGAACCAUGUGGCUUUGACCGUCAUGAUGGUCGUAUUCCUCCUCAUCGCCUACCUGAAGCUCCGCUACAUCAGGAAGUUCACCUAAAGUGGAUUCUGGGUUUAACUGUAACACAUUACCCAUGAAAAAAUCCCUUCUUGAAACGGUGUGAAAUAAAUGUGUCCAAAUGUAA